CAAGUCGACUGGAGUUGUGUGGACAACGUCUGUAAGGAAACAGUAGGAGACAUUAGGGUGACAGUAAAAGCACACUCGGUGCUGAGCCCGGUAAAACAGGCAGGAGACAAACACCGCUUCACGAGAGAGAAAGAAGCAGAGGAUGUCCAGAGCUGACUGGACCUUCCUGGAGCACCUGUUGGAGGAGGGCCAGGAAUAUUCGACAGGCAUCGGCCGCAUCUGGCUUACUGUACUCUUUCUGUUUCGCAUGCUGGUCCUGGGAACUGCGGCCGAAUCUGCCUGGGAUGACGAGCAAGCUGGCUUCAUCUGCAACACGAAACAACCUGGCUGCGCUGCCGUCUGCUAUGACAAAGCCUUCCCCAUUUCCCACUUUCGCUACUUUGUCCUCCAAGUCAUCAUCGUCUCCACGCCGACAAUCUUUUAUUUUGGAUAUGUGGCUAUAAGGGCUAGAAAAGGCAAGGAGAAAGAGAAGGAAAAUUAUAAGGAAGGAGGUGGUGGGAGUGAGCGAGGAGAAGUUGUUGUAAAAAGGGAUGAUGAGAAUGCGACUAAAGACAAUGCAGAGGAGACGGAGAAACAAGAGAAUGUUGGGAAAUGUAGAAAAGUUGUCAAGCCGCCCCCUGAGCUGCCUAAACUGAAAGGCAGGCUGCUGUGUGCAUAUGCAUUCAGCAUCCUGUUUAAAGUCCUCCUGGAAGCUGGCUUCAUAAUAGGGCUGUGGCUCCUCUACGACGGCUUCUUCAUUGAGGCAAAGUUCGAGUGCGUAGCGUACCCUUGCCCUCACACGGUGGACUGCUUUGUCUCUCGACCCACGGAGAAGACCAUCUUCACCAUCUACACUCAGGUGAUUGCUGCCAUCUCCCUGCUCCUCAACCUCAUCGAGCUCCUCCACCUCCUCCAGCUCGCCAUCUCCCACAACCUGGAGAAGCGCUACCGUGCCCAGGAGCAAGACUGCCGACCUUGGUCUGUGCAGGUACCGGCCGGACAGCAGACUCCAGAACUUCCAGCGGAGGUGUCGCAGUCUUACCAAACAGGGAGCCAUGUUAACCUCCCCAUGCAGGGUGAGGCUGCAUGCUACCCCAACCCCUGUGAGAGCUACAGGGAUCUGGCAAUAGAGUCAAACUGGGGACCUGAGGAAGCUGCAAAUGACCUGCUUCCUAGUUAUAUGAACUGCAUGGGGGCUAUGAGGACAACACAUUCCCCUAGAAACCAUCAUAUAAAAAAAGCACAGCACACUGUUAAAAACAGUAAAGGUGCCCAUAAGGGACACUUGAAGAAGAAGCACUAUGUUUGAUGCAGUCAAGUUGGGUGAUAAUGUUGUUUAUGACUAUGAAAGCUUUCUUUGGUUUCUGACUCUUCCAUUGUAUAAAUACUUUUGUGCACAUGACACUUGGGUCUCAGGAGCGCACGUUGAGCUCAGAUGAGGGAAGAUCUAGAACAACUAUUGCACUGUGAACUCGAUGCCUCAAAGGCAGGUAGACAUUCAAGCCGAGAUUUACCAGAUAAAUGGACCUAUUCAAAACGAAACAUUUUGAGAACACUUCCGCAGGCAAAGAAAAUGAGACUCCACUGUGAGAGAAGAUUACAGUCAUAAGAUGCCUUCUUGUUACAUUUAAUGGCUUAUAGUGCUUAAUGUGACAGUGUAAAAGAAAAAAAACACU